AUGGUGGAGCAGCAUCGGGUCUCAUGCAAUGUGUGUUAUCAAUGUGGUGACCUCGAUGGCUCUCGGGAAGAGGGCCAUGUGUGCCGUGCGAUCAAAUGCUCCAAUUGCAGACAACGAGUCGAGUGCGAUGAGUUUCCCCAGCAUGUUCUUGUCUGCAAGGUUGCCAUUUGCAGUACGUGCAGCCGACAGUUUGCUGAUGCAGACGCGCUUGGGGAGCACCAAACUGUUGGUUGUGUUGAACGAUCCCGGCAGCCCUCGGCUGUUAGCCCGCAGAGUAUGUCUAUGGGUAUCUGGAAGACAGAGGGACCUAAGCAUCUGGCUCAAGGCCACAGCGUUGACUGGCUGCAUGCGAGCUUUCCACUAACGCCCGAAAUCCAUCGAGUGAUGAAGGCUUGGGGGGACAGUCCUCAUACGGUGGCCAUUGGCGAUUUUGAGUAUCUUCCGCAAUAUCAAAACAUUCUCAAGCAUCAGUCCAUCAUGGAGUUUUCCCUGGCGAACGCCAAGGGAGAGUGGAUCGUCCGUAAAACACCUAUUAACCAUGAAAUGAGUAUAGGGGAAUGUGCUGCCCUGCUUUGCUCCGUCUAUGAUCAACAGCAAGGAACGGGCUCAAAGGUGCAGCGGCCAGAUUUCGGAAUGACCAUGGCCGUUUUGAGAAACGCGUACGGUCCCGGGGACUGGACACGACAGACACCAGGGCUCACUUGGGCAGAAAUUGCCGAUGUGAUCGAAUCCUACGUUGAAGAAAAUGGGAGACUGGAGAUCUUCCUUGAAUGGGGAGCAACUAACGGUGAUUACCAGUGUCUGAACCAUGGCCUUGGGUCUGUUGGGAAGGGUCACCUCAUUCCGCCACAACCCAAAUGGCCUGAACGGCCAUUGGCAUGGUUCUCGGCCGUACGUAAAACCCUCGGUUACACCGCUGCGGACGCUCCGCUCGCAUUAGGGCACCUAUACCGUGCCAUAUUCCCCGAGGACGCUGAGCUUGUCAAACGGUGGCAUAGCUCGGACGUCGACACGCAGAUGCUAUGCGAUGACGAUGAGUGCGAUGACGAAGAAGACAGAUGGGCCCAGUUGUUUUACGAGGAGAUGUGUGACGUGGACGAUGAACCAUGCGAGGGGAAUGAGGAAGGUGAGGAAGACGAGGAAGAUGAGGAAGAUGAGGACGAGGAUGAGGCAGAUGAGGAAGAUGAAGAUAAAGAGGAAGAUCAGGUGGAAGAUAUGCCCUGA